CAGAAACUCGAUCGGUUGUUUUUUGUCGGAAGAAACAAAAGGGCGCGACAACCGCCAAGAGACAAAAAAAAAAAAGAAAAAAAGAAAGAGUCACAGAGACAACUAAGGCGUGCGUCUGGUCUAGCUAUGGCUUUUCUAGCGUGAUAACGCAUCCCCUUUCGACCCGCAGACCCCUUCGAUGACGUUGCACUUUCCCACCAACCACAUGGUUUCGAUCCUCGCAAACGUAAAGCGCCUGUUCAAUUGAGCCUCUUGCUGCAAACCUGCGCCGAACUCCCUGAUCCCGAGGACCCCUACGAGAUGACCGAAUCACCAUCGAGCAUCAGUGGAGCAGCCAUAAUGGCGUCCAACGCUCAAACGAGCAGCCCCUCAUUCUCCCAUCCUCCCACCGCCGAUACCCCCGCACGCAGCGACAGCUUCAGGACGGUCGGCGCACAUGGUGCGGCGGCGGCGAGAACGACGACCCCGGCCGGCGCGACCGUCUACGGCCCCGACGUCCUUCCCGACGGAUCCCUGAACCCUAGAAGCUGCAUCAUCUGCCGCAAGCGCAAGGUCAAGUGCGACCACCUGCAGCCGUGCACAAACUGCCGCCGCGCGCGCGUCAGCUGCGUCUUUCCUGCUCCCGGCAGAGCCCCCCGCAGACCGAGGCCAAAGGACCCAAACGCCCCGACCGCGGGCGGCGGCAGCAGCGAUACCGGCAGGCACGGGGCCGCGAGCGAGCGCGAGGCGGAGCUGAUGAAGAGGUUGCGCAAGCUGGAGGGCAUCGUCGAGGACCUGAGCGGCCAGAUCGAGCUCGAGACGGCGAGGCAUGGAAGCACCGGUGGGCCGUCGCCAGACCCGUUGCAGGACUCGCCCGGCAGCGGCGAGCACAGGAGCGCGGCGCGUGGGAGCUUGUCGUCGCCGGGUGCGGUGCGGGCCGCGAGCACCGCGAGCAACUCCAGCAACAUCAACUUGAAUUCUGGUCAUGGAGCCGGAAGCCCCCAAAAACGUUCACAAACCUUGGACUCGACCCAAGACAGCCCGCCGUCGACGACAGAUGUUGGUAAGAAAUUUGGCAGGCUUGUGUUACAUGAUAAAGGAAAGUCUCGCUACGUGAGCAGCGGGUUCUGGUCAAGAAUAAACGACGAGAUUAAUGCGCUGAGGGCCGAAACCGAGGAAAUCCUAGAUUCAGAGACGGACGUCUCAGAGAAUGAUGACAGCCCCCCUGCUGUUCCAUUGCCAGACACAUAUUCCAACGGUUCAUUUCUGUUUGGCUACCGCUGUUCGGAUCUCGACCUUCGAAAGUUUCACUUGCCCCCUUCUCAAAUCAUGUUCAUCUGGCAGGUGUACUGCGACAACGUUAAUCCCGUUACCAAAUUCCUCCAUGUGCCUUCUACCCAUGCCAUGUUGCUCAAGGCCAAGGAUGACUUGGGAAACAUCGAUCCCUCUUUCGAAGCUCUAAUGUUUGGAAUCUACUUUGGAGCACUAACAUCCAUGGAUGAGACUGAAGUCGAGAUGCAUUUUGGAGCCACUCAAGCACACAUGCUACAAAAGUAUCGCUAUGCUCUUGAGAUGGCUCUGGCAAAGGCUGACUUUCUCACUUCGACCGACCUCAUGACAUUACAAGCCCUUGUGCUGUUUGUCAUGCUCGUCCGACGCCGGCAGGAUACUCGUUUGGCUUGGACCAUGACGGGGGUGGCUGUACGCAUCAGCCACUCGAUUGGAUUACAUCGCGAUCCGAGCAACUUUCCCAACCUGACACCGUUCGAAGGCGAGAUGAGGAGGAGGCUUUUCUGGUAUCUCGCCCUCCUAGACCUCCGUGCGGCAGAGGAUCAGGGCACAGACCUUGCCAUUCACGACAUGGCUUACGACACGCGGAGGCCUCUUAACAUCAACGACGAUGAUUUUGGCCCCGACAGUAAAGAGCUUCCACCCGCACGUGAGGGUGAAACUGAAAUGGCAUUCGUGCUCAUGUCAUACGAUGUGCAACCCCAUGCCCGGAGAAUCUUACUUUUGUCGUCGGCGGCCGCUUCCAUGUGUCCGCGAGCCACAAACACGUUGGAAGAAAGAGAGAAGCUGUUAAUGGAGAUCAGUAUUAUUGCUGAGCGUAUAUUACCAAGGAAUGGCCCGGCUCCGACGAAGGACAUUAGCAUUCUUGCCGCCAUGAUCGCUCGAGUCAUUCUGAGCAAGAUGACAAUUCUCGUUUACCAAACCUCGCUGAUUGGGCCACAUGACGCCUCUGCAGACCUGAGCCAGGAGCGAAAGGAUCGCCUGGUAUUAUCCGCGAUCGAGGUUUUUGAGUACAGCCACCUUCUUCUCCACGACCCGCGAGUCCGUCGGUGGCGAUGGGUUGCAUACGUCUUCAUGCAGUGGCAAGCAGUCACCUUUCUGCUCCUGGCCAUCUCCACGGGGCCCUGGAGUCCCAUAUCGGAGAGGGGCUGGUCGGCGCUCGGGACCAUGUUCAGCAGCGCCACCGCCGCCGCCGAGAUCGACCGCAUAUCGGAUAACGCCGCAGUCUGGUUGCCGUUCAAACGGCUCUACAACAGAGCCAAGAGACACCGGAUGGCGGAGAUCGCUCGACUCAGGGCAGAUCCUGCCGCCGCGCGUGAGCUGGACCGCGAGUGGUUCCCCAAGACUCUGCCCACAUCAAACUUUAGCACCUUGUCAGGCAGGAUCAAGAUCAAAGUGGCCCUAGACAGGUGGCGGGAGCUUGUACAAGUGCCGCCUCUGGAGCCCGAGUUGCAAGCAUCGCUUCGACGUGACCAGGAGCGGCAAAACCCGCACUUGCAUAAUUCCUCCUGCAACAUGUCUGCAUCAUCAUCCACGUCAAUGAAUAAUGGUGCGGUCAACGACUUGGCUGUGCAGCCUGUAACAAUUGGACAGCAGCAGCAGCAGCAACAGCAGCAGAACAGUGCUGGGGCAGAGGGAUCAGUGGCUCAGCAGAUGGAUCCCGAAGUCCUGCGGCUUAUGAACCAAGUCAUGUCUCAACCUACAUUUGCAUCACAGGACAUCUGGCCGCUCGUCUUCCCCGUUGAGGCCAUGCAGGCGCAGAACACUGGACCGGCAUUCGGGUACCCCGACGACAGGUCGUGGUUGGAAUUUAGCCAGCCGUCGCAGGCCCAGCCGACAGCUUCAGAGACGCCACUGCUCGAUGCGGCUGUACGUAAGGGCGACGCGCCGCCAUGGAUUUGGUCGGAGACCGCCGCCGCCGCCGCCAUGCCAAGUGGUGAUGCUAACAAUCUUGCAAGCCUCAACAUAAACAGCACGGCCGGGGAUCAGUUUGGUGGCCUCUCAUCUCUGGAAGACUUGGACAUGAACAUGGACGACGAAGACUUUAACUGGCAGGCUUUUAAUGACAGCAUACGCGGCUUCUCGACAACUGGUUGGGGACAGCUGCAGUAA